AUGGUGAAAGCUAAGCUCGCCGAGGCAGGGCUGCUUAGUUUGGGGAAAAAUAUUUUUGCCACUCCAGCAUACUCACUGAAUCAGCACCCUGCACACUGGGCCCUGCCGUCUCAGACGUUGGACGGCAUGGCGAACGGUGAUAGGCGAUCAAAUCUCAGGUUCCUCAGGACGUCUUUGAUUCUAAACCAAGGCGACACACGCACGACUCGCCAUGGAGACUGUCUCAAACUGCGUACUUACAACGCGAGAAUAGUGUCCACAGAGGCUGACCUGCAUGCACUUCACGAACCUGUAGAGCGUAUAAAAUUUCACGUGAUUGCUUUGAUUGAUUUGCAGACACAGUGCAAAAUGAGCAACGUACGACAGAUGAAUGACGGUACACUCACUCAAUUUGAAGCUGUCGCUUGA